AUGUUAAGAGACUGCCAAUUGAUUGAGAACGUCCAAAGGAGAGCCACCAAAUUGGUGCCCUCACCCCAGCACCUCACGGAUCAAAUGCAGUGGAGUCAGUUAGUGAUGAUGGUGGUGGUGGUGUUGGUCUUGGUGACAGUGACAGCAAAGCCCCAGAAUUUAGGGGUACAAGUCAACAACAAUGCUCUCUUCACCCUGGGCGUGGGACUGCUGGCUGUGGGUGCUGGGUAUCACUUUGGCCGCAAGCAUGCAGCUACUCAGCAAAACAGAUACAGGUACCCUCCUAACUACUACCGCAACGACUUGUACUCACCCUUCCCUGGUGGUCGUUUCCGCCGCCAAGCUGAGCCAGAGAACGAGCUCGACCCGCUGGUGGAACAACUCUUCCAGAUGGCACUGGAAAAGGAUGCUACAGGGUGCAGUUUACAGUUAACUUGUAUCAUAGGAAAUAAACCUGCCUCCUCCCUUGCUGGCCAUGCAAAGAGCCUUUACAAUGUCCUCAGCACGGUGUCUGGGAAGGCUGUGACCACCACCAAGGGAGAGUGGAGUGGCCUGAAUGCCUACCAGGUGGCGCUCAACCUUGGUCAUGAUGGUGGUGAUUGUGACCAACUCUUCCCUCACUGUCCCACCUCCUCCCACCAGUUGAUGCACCAGUUCCAAAACAUGAAGGUUAUCCACACCAAUUAAAGAGAACAGAUGGAUGAAUGAUCUUCUUUCAACACAAAAACAUUCUCUGUGUGCCCCCAAAGGGCACAUUCAAAGACAACUCCACAAACCUACCAGUGAAAAACAUUCCAUUUCUAUAAAGUUACUCAAGUGGUAUUUUAAAACUUUGUGUCUUUAAACUACAGGGUUGUACAAGUACAGGCAGACCCUGACUUAUGAGGAUUUGAUUUACUAAAAUUUGCAUUUACAAAACAAAACCAAAAAAUUGUCCCAUGCUUUGAUUAACAAGCCAAAACCCUAUACAUACUGUAGUUUUUAAUAAUUAAAUUAAUGAUUAUGAAAAUAUGCUAAAAUAAUGUAGUUUUUUCACUUCCAGUUUGGUUAUUUGUUUCACUAACUUAUUUCAUUAAUCUCUAACUCUCACAGUGUUAUUAAGUCUACAACUAAGCUUAUUCAUCAAACUUGUGUGGACAAUUCCACUCCUCACUCACACCACCAGUUACUUUACAGCAUGUACAGUAUUUCACUGAUGUUUAUUACUGUAUUAGCAUAAAAUCAUUCUGUACUCAGUAAAAAUAGUAUCUUUCAGUAGGGGUCCGAUGAACUGAACACUCGUGUUGUCUCACUACCCAUGCGAGGUAUGCCUCAUGGGCCUUUAUCAAAAACCUCUGUUUGUGGUGUCAUUUUGUUUUGCACAAUAAUUGUAAAGAUAGAUUUUUUUACUGAGUGUACAGUACUUUACAGCAAAUAUUUUUGUUAAAAACAUGUUUUGUAGCAUUCUAAGACGUUAUGUUUUUCUUUGUUUUAGGAACGUACAGUAUCUCGGCUUUUAUAAUGGGAGUCGAUGGGAAAAUGUACUUUUAUUUUUUAUUUUCUUAAUUUUCUAUGAAGGCUUCACAAUGGGGUAACUCUGCAGUGUCAAUGUGUAGAGGUAGAUUAAAAAUACACUCAGUACACGAAGCCUUCAUCAAAUGAUGUUGGUAAAUAUAUCCAUGUUGUGCCCACAUUUCAGUUUAUGGAAAUGUUUUACAAAUCUUAAAAAUGUUAAAAAGAACAUAUGUAUACAAAAUAUUAUUAAUGAUAUAUACUGGUAUUUAUAAUAGUCAUAUCCAUAAUAAACUAUUUUUGUUUUAAA